AUGGCAGCUUCAUUGGCCAGCCUGGUCCAACUACAAAGCCAACUCACCAAGGAGAAGGCUGAUGUGUUGGAUCGGAUCUCCAGCUUGGACGAAGACAUCCGCUGCAAAAAUCAUGUAGUUAGAGUGUUGGAGAAGACGUUGGAGGCGCUUCGCUCUGGAAGUGGUUCAGGGCCUCGAACUGCCACAGAGGUCAGAGGAGCAGAGCUGACGGAAGCUUCAAGUGCAGACUCCAGACAAGCGCAGGAGCCAAGCGACGAGCUCAUGAACCGGCUCUCCGCCGCUCUCGCGGAGCUGUCGACCCCUGCCAAAGACCAGUGGAAUCAGGCCAGCUUUGAAGCUCAAUUCGGCACUUUCGGGGACGGCCAGCUCGCUGACUUCCUUUCGACUUUGACAGCAGAGCAGCGAUUGGUGUGGGAAUUGCAGAAUCCACCGGAAAUCAGCCCAAAGCUGGACAGAAGGCUGCUGCUUGACUUGAAAGAGGCCGGAAAAGCCGCAGAGGCGGAAGUUUUGGUAGCAGCAGCCGGAAGACCUUCGGAAACCGAACGACAGUAUCGGUCAUUGCUCUGGCUUUGCUACCACAAAGAGCUGAAUGCAUGCCAUGCCGAGCAAGGUGCCGGCGGCCAGUCACUACUGACUCUGGCAUGCAGAAAUGGCUGGUGUGAUGUGGCUAGCGAGCUCCUUGAGCGGCAGGCCGAUGUUCAUCACCGUAGCGGGGCGCAGCUGACAGCUUUGUCUGCAGCCUGCAUGCGAGGAUGUGCAGGCUGCACGAAGAUCCUUCUGCAAGCAGCUGCGGAUCCUAACGAGGCAAAGCAAAAUGCAAGCCGCUCGUCAAAGCCUUGGGUCUUUCGACUGAGUGACGAGGGUUCCUGCGCGGUACGCUUUCCCAAGCUGUCCGGAAAAUUUUGUGGCGCUUUCGGGGUUUUCCAAGCGUGUGUCAGAAGGCAGGGAUCUGCUGUGAAACAAUCGACGUGA